CAAAGGUGAGCAUUAGAACAUACUAAUGUUUAGAGAGGUAAGUUCUGGAUGUUAGUUUCUGAAGCCAAUGCAUUCCAGUUUACAUUCCUACCGGUAAUUACAGUACAAGUGCUUAAGGAAGCUUAUGUUUCCUGUGAUACAGUUGCUGGGGCUCGUGACCCAGCCAGAGUUCUCCACCAGCUCUGAAUUUGUAGCAGGUAAUUCUUCUGCUUGACAGAAAUCAAGAAACAUGUUUCAAAAGUGUUGUGUGAACCUAGUGAGCUGUGUUUUAGACCUAAAAGUUUUUAUGCGUAAUUUAUGUAUUGUGAAAUAGCUCAAAAUAGAGAAGGAUGGAGGUUUACAGUAUAGUAUGUCUUUAAUAUUCCUUUAUCAAGUGGAAAGUGUGUAUUUGCAGAUCAUAUGAUAGGCUGCAUUCUGAUGCUUUUGGGUAACUUCUUAGGGAAAAAGUGCUCAUAAUCAACUUGAAAAGUACUCUUCAUAGGUAGCAACACCUUUUCAUUGCCUAGAUUACCCCCAGAUCUGUUUUCUCUUUUGAAGUGUAAUUAUUAUUGAGCUGAAGUUUGGCUGUUAGCAUUUAGAACAAAUGUCUAAAGAGAACAUGGGCUACAUCUCAUCUCUGAACAUACAUGAAGGAAAAUGGAGGAAGCACCUUUUAAUCUCAAUAAAUUUGAGGGUUCAGGCACAAAUGAAAACUAUGCAGAUACAUAUUGUGUGUACAUAAAAAAUAAGAAGGUUCAGAAAACAGGAUUUUACACGGAAGAGGAAGCUAGGAAGCUAGGAGUGGUUGGCUGGGUUAAAAAUACCAGUCAAGGAACAGUAACAGGCCAAGUUCAAGGCCCAGAAGAUAAAGUAAAUGCAAUGAAAUCCUGGCUGACUAAAGUUGGAAGCCCAAGUUCUCGUAUAGACAGAACAAAUUUUUCUAACGAAAAGGAGAUUUCCAAGCUUGACUUCUCAGGAUUUAGCACUAGAUACUAAUAGAAGAAAACAUCACUAAGCACAAAACUGAUGUUUCUGCUGCAUAUUUUCUGUGCAUCCAUAAAAUGUCACGAGCACUUGGAUGCUUUCUGUACUUGAAAUAGAUGAUUGCCGUUCACAUGAAGUAAGAAUUCUUAGUUGCUCUAUUAGGUGUUUCACAACAUGAUUGUCAAUGCUUAAUAUAUAAAGUGUCAAUAUCUAAUUUAUUGCAUCUUGAAAUCUAUAAAAGUCGCUAAAAGUAUCAUUGAUUGUUUCUGUACAGAGAUACUUCUUAUUCCAACCAUAUGAAACCUAAUCUUUACACUGUAAAGGAUAUAUAAAUGAUCACUAUGUUCUACGGUUCAUAACCUCUCCAGAAAUGCAUAGCUUACAGAACUGGAACUCUUAGAGAGGUAUUCUAACAUCUCUGUAUUACAGAUCAUAUUACUUGUGAUAAUUUAAAAUAAAUGUGCAUUGCUUCAGAC